AUGAGGAAGACAGCGGCCCUCAAAGGUUCGCGACGGUUUGCGAAGGCGCUGUACUCCUACGUGCCUCACGAGGAGAACGAACUGCGUCUGGAUGUGGAUGAUGUCAUCGAGGUGCUGGAGGGGGAAGAUGGAGGCUGGUGCCUGGGUUACCUGAGGGGCAGGAUAGGCCUGUUCCCCUCCAACUACGUCAAGUUCAUACAGGACCGGAGAGUUGCCGCGGCCCGCCAGAUCGCCGAGGCAGAGGAAAUACAGAUGAAGCGGAGUGUUUAAAGGCGACGGGACGGACCAGUUUGAUGGAGCACUGUUGUACCGAGAGACUGUUUAAAGACAUCCAGUGCGAUUUCA